AUGUCGAGCGGGAUGGAGAUGGUCGAACGUAAAUCUAAUCUCAGUUCCUUGCCGCCGCGGUCGCCGGAGAUCGGACAGAAGCGGCGAGCGAGCGUGGAGACGCGAUGGACGAGCGCGAGAGGGAAGGAGAGCAAGCGCGCGCGCGCGAGACCGCCGGCGAGCGAGUGGGAUUUGGGGGUGCUGAGUGAGCUGCCGACCGAGGUUCUGGAGCUGGUGUUAUUAAAUCUCCAGGCGCGAGAUCUUGCGGUGGUGGGGGCUACGUGCGCGUACUUCAACGCGAGCGGGAUCAUCGAGCGCGUGGCUGCGGCGCGGCUGGAGCGCGUGCCUCGCGCGGACGCGUUGGUGCUCACGAAGAGAGAUUCGUACUUAAAGGCGUGGCAUCACUGCACCGUGAGCGAACAGGCGGAGCGAGCGAGCGCGAACGUCUCGCUCGGGCAGUUCCACACCGCAUGCGUGGUGACGGACGCCGAGGGGGACAAAGUGGGAACGACGAUAGCCACAUUCGGACGCGGCUUUCACGGACAGCUCGGUUUGGGAUCGUACGAUAACCACGCAGCGCCCGCGUUCGUGCGAAUGGGAGACGAAUUAGCGCGUGGGCAUGAUUCAGACGAUGAACAUUUCGAAGGCGUCGACUCCAUCGCUCUCGGUGGUUCGCACUGUGUCGCCUUAAGCAGAGACGGUGGCGUCAUCUCUUGGGGACUGGCCAGCUCAGGCGAGCUCGGAUACACGGGCAACACGCCGAUCGAGGUCAACGUGCCAAGAAGAGUGUUCGUUGGUAUCGAUAUCUGCACCAAAAUCACGCAAGUAACCACCGGAUCCAAUCAUACGAUGGCCAUCGAUGAGUUUGGCCGACUGUUCGCGUGUGGCCGCGGUCGCCACGGGCAGCUCGGACACGGCACGUUUCGUGACGCCGCUCCGUUCAGCCGCGUUGAAGCCUUGAAAGGAAUGCAUGUCGUAAGUGCGGUGUGUGGUGGUUCACACAGCGUUUGCAUCACCUCUGAUGGCAACGUCUGGGCUUGGGGAGACUGUCGAUAUGGUCAACUCGGUUUGGGUGACCUUACCUUUGCCGCCGCUGCGGGCUGGAACAACGGCGUUCCGUGGCCGUGCCUCGUUGAAUCUUUGAACGAUAUGGAUGAGCCCGUGGCGAGCGUCUCUGCGGGAGGUGCGCAUUCUAUCUUCGUCACUGCAGGUGGACGCAUGUUUGUGUGCGGACGCGGUAAGCACGGCGCGCUUGGCGUUGGAAAGAAUCCUUUCCUCACCAUUGGGCCGCCCACGAGCGCGUGCGGAAACCGACUGACGCCCGAGGCAGUGAAUAUUCAUCAUUUCGUCCGGCGCGCGGACGGAUCGGUGGAUCAGAAUCGAGUUCAACAAUGCUCAUGCGGUCCGCGAUGCCGCGUCGCGGUCGCCGCCGCCGGUGCGACGCAUUCGUGCUGUCUCACGGCGUGCGGUGGCGUGUUCACCACGGGUGAGAACUCGUACGGGCAGCUCGGACACGGCGACAAGAAAUCGACGUUUGUGUUCACGCGCGUCGAGGCUUUGCGGGGAAAGCGUGUGAUCACUGUCGCUUCCGGACACAACCACACUGGUGCGAUGGUGGAGAACACGGACGGUUCAAACAGCCUGUACACGUGGGGCCGCGGUGACUGGGGCCAGCUCGGAACUGGCAACAUGCGCUCGUACACGACUCCCCAGGAAGUUAAAGGAUUCAACGUGGCGCCGCCGCGUCCGGAGAGCGAAAUUCUGAUGUACAAACAAAACCUAGACUCAGCCGAAGAGUCUGAAAACGGCGAUUCCGAUAGCGAGAGUGAAUUUUAG